CGAUGCUAUCAAUUUAUCUUUUUCCAAUCACACAAAUCAGCAAACAUGUCAUUAGUCGGUGCUCUUCUUUUCUGCAACGACUGCGGUGGUCUUUUGGAGCGAUGCCCUGCCUCCCAGGCAAACAUUGACUGCGAUGUCUGUGGCAAGAGAAACCAGAACAAAUGGCCCACGUCCAUUACCACCGAAUCCGCCUCUACAGCAUUUCCCUCUCGUCUCCGUGACGCCCGCUCGGAGAUCCAAGUUUUGAGUGCUGAAGACCGCGAGACCUGGGCCAUGACUACUACAGCAUGUCCUCAGUGUGCGAACCCAGAGAUGAGAUUUAGAGAUGUGCAGUUGAGAGGCGCGGAUGAGGGUAGUACGAUCUUCUACAGGUGCCCGGCUUGUGAUUAUAAGUUUAAUACCAACAACUAAGGAGAGAUGGUGAUGGAUAUGUUGAGGGUGAAUGUUGUGGAAGAAGUUACAUUGGAGAGGAGUCCAAAAGAGAUUGCUAGUUUGAUACCCACGUUAACACUUUUGUUUACCAAAUCCCUUCUAAUCAGUAGCAUCUUCUCCCGCAAAAAGCUG